UCCCACGCUCGGCCUCAGCGCAGCGCAGCUAGCGAUCGACGGCAUGGACGUUUCUGCUGCGCUCAGCAGCGACUACUCGUCGGGGACGCCGUCGCCGGUGGCGGCCGACGCCGCCGACGAGGGCUCCUCCUCGUACAUGACGGUGCUGUCGGCGCCGCCCAAGCGGCGGGCGGGGCGGACCAAGUUCAAGGAGACACGGCACCCCGUGUACAAGGGCGUGCGCCGGAGGAACCCCGGGAGGUGGGUGUGCGAGGUGCGGGAGCCGCACGGCAAGCAGCGGAUAUGGCUCGGGACGUUCGAGACGGCCGAGAUGGCGGCGCGCGCGCACGACGUCGCCGCGCUCGCGCUGCGCGGCCGCGCCGCCUGCCUCAACUUCGCCGACUCGCCGAGGCGCCUCCGCGUCCCGCCUUUCGGCGCAAGCCACGACGACAUACGGAGGGCGGCGGCUGAGGCGGCCGAGGCGUUCCGACCACCACCGGACGAGGGCAAUGCAGCCACCCGGGAGGAGGCCGCCGCCGCAUCGGCCGCCCCUUCCAACACCGCUCAGUUCGCCUCGCACCCGUACUACCAUGAAGAUGAUGGACUGGACUUCGGGAUGCAGGGAUACCUCGACAUGGCGCAAGGGAUGCUCAUUGACCCGCCCCCAAUGGCUAAUGAUCUUACCGUAAGUGGCGGCGAAGACAACGACGGCGGCGAGGUCAAGCUAUGGAGCUACUGAUCCUGCGGGUUUGAACUCAGCUACUGAUCCUGCGGGUUUGAACUCAACUUGGUUUGGCGCGCACAGAGCUAUCACUUGUACAGCUUAAGGGGAUCGAGUACAAGUACAUCAGGUGUACUCCACUCGUUGCCCCUUUCCCUUUUGUUCUUUUUUAACUUAUCUGCAGGGUAAUGUUAAUGUAUCCCUGCUCUUCUGAUGAAAUGUGAUCGGAAGAAGCGGAAGGCCAGAUCGAGCUAAUGGGUUGUGCGUGCUUGUCGAGUGUUGUGAGGAUACAUAUAUAUAUAUAUAUAUAUAUAUAUAUUCAGAAAGAUUGGCACUCUAAAUUAGGAUCACCCUUAUUACGAAUGACGGAAUGAGAGUGAUCUUGCCCAAUGUUUACAAUGAACCAGUUGUGUAAUAAGCAGCGGAUCAUGUUGCUUGUUUGAUCUAUGGCUCUUGGGAGUGGCAUCGGU